CAGAAAAUUUAACGACUCAAUUUAGUCCAAAUCAAUGGGCUUGGCUAUAAAUAGUAUAAUUCUCACCAUAAAAUUCCCUCUCUUCAUUUCUCCCACUCACCCACCCACCCACACGCCAACCAAACUCGUUCCUACUAUUUUUUUACCCAGUAAUACACUUUCACCCAUAAUAAAAAUUUAGUUGUUAAAUCCCAGAUCACAGAAAACCCAGACAGUAUCAAGGAAAAACAACCUCAAACAAACAUGAAAUUGUCUUAUUUUUUAAGUUGUUUCAACACCAAUCAAAGCCAACAACAACAAGAAGAACAAGAAGAAACAGGGGGUCAAACUGUUUCCAAUUCAAAUUUUUCGGUAUUCUCUUACAAUCAAAUCAAAACUGCCACUCAGGGAUUUAGACAAAAGAUUGGAGAGGGUGGAUUUGGUUCUGUUUACAAGGGUCGGCUUCAAGAUGGGAUUUUUGUGGCAGUCAAAGUUCUAUCUGUUGAACUGGAAUCAAUGAGACGAGAAAGGGAAUUCAUAUCUGAGAUUGCAGCAUUAUCUGAUAUUAAGCAUGAAAAUCUUGUUACUCUCCGAGGAUGUUGUAUAGAUGGAGCUAAAAGACUUUUGGUCUAUGAUUACAUGGAAAAUAAUAGCCUCUUGCACACCUUUCUUGGUGGGGAACGUAAUAGGAUGAAAUUUAGUUGGACACUGAGAAGAAACAUAUCGUUAGGAAUUGCGAAAGCGCUUUCUUACCUGCACGAAGAAGUCAAUCCUCAUAUUAUACAUCGGGAUAUCAAGGCGAGCAAUAUACUUCUGGACGAGAAUUUUACACCAAAACUCGCAGAUUUUGGUCUUGCUAGGCUGUUCAGAGAAAACAUGUCACAUAUUAGUACUCGUGUGGCAGGAACUAUGGGCUAUCUUUCUCCAGAAUAUGCAACCAGUGGACAUUUGACCAGAAAAUCAGAUGUCUACAGCUUUGGAGUAUUGCUACUAGAAAUUGUCAGUGGCCGGCCGGUCAUUGAUUACCAUUUACGAUACGGAGAUCAGUUCUUAGUCGAAAAGGCAUGGGAAUCGUACAGUUCUAAUAACCUGUUGGAGCUAGUGGAUCCUGUAUUGAGCGGAGAUUUUGCAAAAGAAGAAGCCAUUCGAUUCAUAAAAGUCGGGCUGCUAUGUGUGCAAGAGACGACCAAGCUCCGGCCUAGAAUGUCAAGGGCCUUUGAGAUGUUGACCACUGAGAUGGAGACAGAAGAGGUUGAGAUAUCACGGCCUGGAAUAGUUGCUGAUAUGAUGGAACUUAAAAUUCGCCAGAAACAGUCGUCGCAUUUUUCAUCUUCUCAGGCAUCCAGUAGUACGGGAAGCUUCCAAGCUCGAUGACUCAUUAUGACGGACUAGAGUAGACACAUUGAGGGCAUCAGCCAUCAGAGGAAAAAGUGGGGGGGCCAUUCAAUUUUUACAAGUGCCCCUUGGAUUGUUUUUGAGUUCACAUUUUCUCUUGCCAGCACCAAAAAGUACUUGUUUCGUUUGGGAGUGCUUGGAUGAGGGCUGGCUUAGAAUCUUGGAUUCUAAUUCUUGGCAAGAUUACUCAUUAGUGCUUUCUAUUUCAUUUGAUAAGAUUAAUCUAACUUUAUUAAAAUAGUUAUCAACAAUUUAACAUGAUCAACUCUUGAACUAAAGGAUUUAAGUGUUGCGGACUAAAUGAAUUGGACAACUUCAUCAAACUGAUGCAAGAAAACUUUGAUUUCUCAGUCAACAGAUUUUCGCGAUAAAAGUAGAGCUUCUCUCAAUACAUAUCUAACUUGUUCAUAAUCCACAAAAAUUCACACGAACCCGGAAAAACUGGCUAGUCUUUGCCACCAGAGACAAUGGCAAACAUGUCCAAGAAUAAUGCUAUUUAUCUAAAGUGAUGAUCAUCAUUGGUUUAUGUGAUAGUGGAGCAAUGCCAUACUGUUCAAUAAAGAAAAAUGCAUUCCAACUUUACCGAAAAAUGUUUUAGUGGCCCCACUGUCACAUAGAUAAAUAAUGAUCAUCGCUUUAGAUGAAUAGUAUUAAUUAAUAUACAAAAUAAUGGCACAAGACAGCACAAGACAGGAGAUAAGAACACGGAUUAUAAUGUACUUUUAUCUCAUAAUUUUAUUGACUAAUAUUCAUAUUGAUUCAGAAACAAAAGG